AUGUCUGAGGAUAUCUAUGCCAUGCCAGACCUCUCCAAAAAAGUGAGAUUUCAGACAGGGGAGAAGGCAGACGGUAAUGCAGAUGUCUACGAAAUCACAGACGAUGUGAACAUUUAUGACAACUACUUGCAACAGGGGAGUACGCCGCUAGAACUUCAGGACAGCACCACUGAGGAGCCACAGAAAGCCAUUUCAGUCAAUGUACCUUCAGGAGGGAGGAAUCUUCUCAGACCUGCCGCAAUGUUUCUGCUGCUCCUGUGCCUUCUCUUCCUGGCCGGAGUCGUUGUCCUGGUUGUCCUUUUGAUUCAAGACAAAGGCCUCAUUGCCGACCUAACCAGAGCGAGAGAUGAACUACAGACAAGUAAUGGUGACAUGAAAAGCCUCAAUGACAACCUGACCCAGAAGACAGACCAGCUGGAGAAAGAAAAUUCUCAUUUGAAGGCCGUUGAAAGCAACCUCACUACAGAGAUAGACGAAUUAAAACAGCAGCAAGAGCGCUCAUGCAGUCCUUACUGGAUAAGGUUUGGCAACAGUUGUUAUUUCCUUUCCAAAUCGAAAAAAAAAUGGAAAGAGAGCAAGAGCUUCUGUGAAGAUCUGAGUGCUCAGCUGGUGAUCAUAUCUAGCGAACAGGAGCAGAUUUUUACCUUCUCAUUCCACGGGAUCUUCUGGAUUGGUGUGACUGAUGAGGAGGAGGAAGGGGUCUGGAAAUGGGUGAAUGAAUCGGUGGCAAUGAAAACGUAUUGGGGAGAAGGGCAGCCGGAUAAUUAUGGAGACUCAGAAAACUGUGCUACACUUGGAGACUUUGGAAGCUUAGAAAGCUGGAAUGAUAUAGGAUGCGACACUAAAAAUUACGCCCUCUGUGAGAAAAUACUUGAGUGAAAUAAAAAACGUUGUUACAAUCCUGGA